AUGUGGCGGACUCCGCUGCAGCCCAUCAAAGCAUGGGCAUUGCAGACUCAUCGCUCCCAUCGAUUUCGACACCUGCCACUGGCAUCCACUGAAAAUCAGGUUUUCCGUCAGUCUCAGCGAGGCUUUUUUGCAUCUAAGUGGCAGAAGAGGUUGGGCCAUUUGCUGGAAGGACGUCGGAGACCUCCAGCACCAGAUGUCCCGGACAAGGAACAGCUGACGAACGACUUUGGCAUCAAGCCAUGCAAACCGGUCUUGGGCUCCAAGCGCACCGGAGUGCUGGCAUACAAAAUCGGAUGUAUGUCUUUGUGGGACGAGUGGGGUGUGAAGCAUAUGGUGACCGUCUGUCAGUUGGACCGGCUGCACGUUGUGCAAAGCAUGACUUUGCAGAAGAAUGGCUAUGAGGCCUUGCAGCUUGGGCUCGGCUACCGAUCAAUCCACCGCCUUAGCCGGCCGGAAAUCGGCACGUACAUGAAGGCAGGUGUUGGGCCGAAGCACCACAAAUGUGAGUUUCGCGUUUCGUCAGACUGUCUUCUGCCACCAGGACUUGAGUUAAGUGUGAGACACUUUGUCCCUGGACAGUGGGUUUUUGUAUCUGGCUGGAGCAAGGGCCGAGGCUAUCACGGAGUGAUGAAACGUUGGGGAUUUUCAGGUGGCGGUUCAGACUUUCAUGGACACAAAAAGUCCCACCGCUCUGCCGGCUCUCUUGGCCAACGUGGUAUUGGAAAAGUUUGGGUUGGCAAGAAAAUGGCCGGACACAAAGGUCCGGAUCCUCGCUGUGUCAAUGCUAAAGUAUUUCGAAUAGAAAGCACUCGCAACCUGAUUUUCCUGAAGGGGGCUUUGCCUGGCUACAAGGGCAGCGUGGUCAAGAUCAGUGAUGCUCGUGGCAAGACGGCGUUGAAAAACAAUCACAUCAGAUUGCCAUACCCUACGUUUGUCCCCGUGCCUGGUGUCGAGUACCCCGUCACGAUACAGGAGCCGCCCCCUCAACGAGAUCCAUUCCUGUAUCCCGAACAACCUCUGUAUCAGCCGAAUGAUUAG